GCCCUUCAGCCACACAUGCCGCUGCUCGCCCCCACCCGCCACGCCGCGCGGAAGGGGCUGUUUCCCACCGGACGACUUAUCCGGGGCACCGGCCGCCUUCAUCAGCGGGCCGGCGGUGCGGGGCAGUGCUAAGAAAUUUCAAAAACAGUCAGACUAUGGCCUUUGAAAGGAUAACACAAAAGGACUGGUACAAAAUCCUGGGUGCAAAUCCAUCGGACAGUCCGGCAGAACUAAAACAGAAGUACCAAAAACUUGCUUUAUUAUAUCAUCCAGACAAACAGAAGGCAGAUGUGCCAGCAGGAGAAGUGGAGGAGCGCGUGCAGAGGUUCAUCGAAAUCGAUCAAGCGUGGAAAAUUCUAGGGAACGAAGAGACAAAAAAAGAGUAUGACCUGCAGCAGCGUGAAGAUAAUCUGACAAAAGAAUGGCCACUACACGCACAAAUAUGUCUUGAGGAUAUGUCCUGGAAUGAAGAUGAACAAUGUUACACUCUUUCAUGUCGCUGUGGUGGGAAUUACACUAUCUUCAAGAGUGAAACCAAAGACGUAUCUUUGGUUUGUUGUGACACAUGUUCACUCGUCAUCGAGAUCCUUCAAUGAUUGUUUCAAUCAAGGACAUUAAGAGUUACAAACUUAAAAAGACUGGACAAACAGGGGACAGCAACUUGCUAAAGAAAUGUAUGUUAAAGAAAAGGGGGCACUACAAGAACAAGUUCAGUCAGGCUUAAGAACGGAAAUGUGCCCAUUUGCUCACAGAGCUCUGCGGACAUCAGCCUUGGUUUUUUAACUUCUGCAGCUAAAGGGCUCGUUAUUAAAAUCCUCCCCAAGAGAACACUAAGUUCUCUACAACUGGAAUACAGCUCAUGAGCUAAAUGAAAUUUCUUUCCCAGCAAACAACGGAGUAUCUCAGUCUAUAUCAACUAUACCUUGGGCCCUACCUCUGAGGUUAAAUCCUUUUAACAGCUCAGAUGACAAAAUUUAAUCAGGAGGCAUAUACCUGAGAAUGCUUUGAAGAUAAUAAAGAGCAAGGUGCGUUAAUGGGAAACAGGAACAUUUUCAAUUUCUGUGCUAAAUAUUUAACUUCAUUAAAUCCUCACAAGGACUUGAGCCUUGGAAAAAGGUGGCAGAGACUUGCAGAUCUCUCAGGCUCGUUGUCUCGGUCCGAAGUAGCAGGUAACUGGAACAGUGCAUCUAUGUUAACUAUCCAGCUUGGAGAGUUUUUUUCAUAGAACCAUAGAAUGGUUUGGGUUGGAAGGGACCUCAAAGAUCAUCUAGUUCCAACGCCCCUGCCAUGGGCAGGGACACUUCCCACCAGACCAGGUUGCUCAAAGCCCCAUCCAGCCUGGCCUUGAACCCCUCCAGGGAUGGGGCAGCCACAGCUUCUCUGGGCAACCUGUGCCAGUGUCUCACCACCCUCAUAGUAAAAAAUUGACUCUCUCCAUCAUCUGAAUAAACAGUGUCUUCAUCCUUAGAUGAAAAGUAACUGGGAAGCUGUGCUCUGGGCCCUACUGGGCGUACAGUCCACCAGGCCAAACUGGAGCCAGUUUAAGGAAAACCCUACAAAAACAGAUAUAAGUGACUAGCAGAUCCAGAACCCCACUGGUGGUGUUCUCAGUUCCAAUCUUAGCAUGCCACAUUACCUGCUAAAGGAGGCACAGCCUAUGUGUGGCUCUGGAUGUGUGACAAUGACAAUGUAAUAGUGCAUUGUGCCUUUUUCAUCCCUUGUUAACAGUCACUGCCAACCUUGGCUUGUAGUAAAAACCCAAACUUUCUAAUAAAUCCAAGCACUUAGCGCAAAUAGCCAGAGGAAACAGAGUAAGAGCCAGAUCAUUUGUGUUGAUGGCAGCAGUGUAUCAUUCCCACUUUCAAGUUAGAUGUAAUCUCAGAAAGAGACAUCUUUGUCAAGUAAUACUUGUGUUUAUUCUAAACAAAAAUAGUUCCAUUGAUUUUAGUAGAAAAUACUAUGAAAGCUGGCCAUAGUCACUUAAAUCUUUCAAUCAUCAAGAAAUCUAUGGCCAUUGGGACUUGCACGUAGAAAUCCGAAGUCAUUCAGAGGCCAGAUCUGUAAAAUAAAAUACAGUUACAAGAGAUUUUAAUCACAACUCAAAGUUCAGUAUUUUAAUUUGUUAUAACCUGCACCAUUUUUUAGCUCUUUGGUUGACAGGAUAUAUGAACUUUUCUCACCUGUGUGUUUGUUUUACCAGGAGUAAUAAAUACUAUAUAUCAGGAGGAAUCAUCAUUCCAUAGUGGCUGGAGACAACACUAAUUUAUACACAGCGUGCUUUGCUAUGGCGAGCCUCACAAAUUAGGGGGGGUGGGGUGGUGUGUCCAGCCUUGGAAAUAAAUAAUUCCUAGGAAAUAUCUUUUAAAUUCAAAGUUUUCCAGCUUGUAAACCUCUUAAGAACUUACAAGACAAAGUAUAUAUUUUUGAUCCGUCUAGGAGAAGAAAGAAUACCAUGGACAUUAUCUCCCAGUGCAAGUAGUUCUGUGAGGUGACCAUUUGUAUUUCCAAGAUGGACAUUUGAAUGGCAAACGCCAAACAUUGGAAAAAAAUUUCCUCAGGCUUAUAGGUAAGCUUAUACCAUGCAAAGAGGUAUAAGGGGGUGGAGCACCUGCCACCAGCAGGGCUCUCAACCAAGGGGCUCCUCUGAGAAGGGGACUACCAUGUAGAAAAAGAAGGAGCACAAAUCACAACCAAGUAGAAGCACAAGUGUCACAGAACAAUGCUCACCAGUAAGAAAAAACUUUCUCCCCAGAAAUUAACUAUCUAGCUGCUCAUACUGCUGAGUGAUCCCAGGAGUACUUUCCUCUGAACAUUCACUAAUUACAUGUAGGCUGGUCUGGGAUGGAAAAAAAAGUUGCAGGGAAUCAAGGGCAUUCUUUUACGCUUUGUCCUUUGUCUCCCUUGACUGCCUGUGUCUCCUCAGCACACGUUAUUUCAAGGACGGCACAAGGGGAUCAGCAGGAAGAAGGGAAUGAGAUGAUGUUGAAGAAGGAAUGCCCUUUGUGGCUCUCAUCCCAUAAAAAUCUCACAGCCUCUGCUCAAGAUGAAGUGACCUAAACAGAGAGAGAUGAUGCUCUACCUUGUUCCCAAAGCAUCUGUCAGUACAAUGUUUAUCUUGCUCAUUUUUCUUAAGAAUUUGAUCUUAAGUAAAGUAUGCAUUCACCUUCCAGGAACAGCAACUUACUCCUUAACUGAAUUCCUGGAACACCCACAGCACAGGAGGAGCUUUUGGUGCUUUCUGCGUGGAGUGCAAAAGUAAUUUGCUGAGUUUACAAGAGGAAGCACAGUGCCAAGGUUCAAUAUUUGAAACCCCAUGACUUAUCCCCAGCACCAAAGACAACGUCAGAAGAGGCAGAGGCAGUUAAGGAUGGACAUAGCAUCAACUUGCUACUAGAGUAAUGCACUUCCAGCAUGUGCUGCCAGGCACUCUCUAGACUUGCCUCUCCCAGGCCCCUUGGGGCUCUGGGCUAAAUUGCCAUCAGCUGGACUGUGCCUGGGCCCUCUGGAGGACAGGAGAUGAGUCAUUUCCAGGACCUCAAGUUCUGAGGAUGUAAAAAAAGCUUAAAGCUCUCUUGUGCAAGUAUCUUAGAAAAUAUGUGUCUUUUGGGGGGGAUGAGCAGUUAGGAGCAUGAGGAACAUCUGCUGAUAUACAGAAAUACACAGAAAUAAUAUGCAUAUUAGCCAGUGAGCUAUUUAAAGAUCCACACAAAUACACAGUGAUACGAACCAAUAACAGAAGGGUGUUUGUGAUCUUGGUUCGAAGCAAAGCUACGGCACUGAAGGCUCUCCUGAGGGCCCGUGCUGGCUGCAGGCUGGGUGACAACUCUUUGUUUGGCCUUGAAGGCAAACGGGAGUAAAAGGGAACAGGAAUAUCCCACGUUAUAAAUCUAAGCUGAUCUGAGUAAAGGCCCAGAGAAGGAAGUAUCUUAAGCCAUUCGCUACGGCACAAAUCUCUUUUCAGGCAACUCAAAUCACACCUAUUGCAACUUGACUUUCUUUCAGUGAACGUAAUCAAAUUUGUUUUAAAUAUUGUUUUGAUAACUCAGUUUCAUCACAGUAAUCUUAGAAGUAAGAGUUAGAAUAAAAAUGAUGUUUUAUCCAGUCUGUGUGCAGGAGAGAACGUGAGAAACAAUAUUCAUGGUUGGAAAGAUGAUGGAACAAGCCUUCUCCGUGAAACAAAGACCUGCCACUGCGUGUAGUAAUUCCCAAGUCUUUUAAAGUUAUGACAGAAGUUGACUGUGACUUGUUGGUUCAAACUGGCUAGUCCAAUUAGCAGCUAUUUCCCCUUGCCCUCUUUGGUUUGGCCUACAUAGAUUUGAUCUGAUGGACGGGGGAUAAAUGGGGCUAACUAGCUCUUUUGAAGAUAGAGCACAGGUCUAUUUUUGGCGUGGAGCCUAAGCCCAGGGAAUGCACAGGAUAUCCUGCCUAGGACAGGAUGAAGCAUGAGUUCUGUCAAAGUGGGACUCCCAGGCUUUUACUGAAUUUUCAGCUACUUUGAUUUCAGUGGCCUUUUUAAGGAAUGAACUUGUCUUUCAGAGCGGCAGCGGAUAUGCUGGCAGGGAGGAAAAGGGGCAAAUAAAAUUACAUAUCAUUUCUGCAUUAAGGUUAAAAACUGGUGCAGCAACACUGACUGAGACUCUGAAGUCUUAACUUCACUGAUAAGCUACAGAGAGAAUUAACAUUUAUGUUUUGCCAAGAAUAAGUUGCCUAAACAAGCUUGGUGCAAGCUCUCUCCUGUUGAAAUCCAUUGCUUCUAAUUAGAUUAUUUUGCAUCUACUACUAAAAAUGUAACUUGGCAUUCAAAGGCACUGCUACAUCUGCUUCUCCACAAUCCUCUUUAAGCUUCCAUUCUCACAGAAGUAAAAGAUUCUUCAUGAGAAAGAAGCCAAAACUCUACCAGACCACGUUAAAAAGCAUAUAUAGGCUUCUUGGCCAGUGAUCUACUAAUUAGCUACCACCAUGCAGACUAGCUGUAUUCUGCUGCCUUUCACUGUAACGUUCAAUAGCAACAUACAAUAGCAAGAUCACUGCAUUCUAAUGUGAAUUACCAUAAACAGCCCAAACUAUAAACACUCAUUUGAAGAAUAAACUCAUUUUUGCUUUUGUUAGGCACCAUAUACUUAAAUCUCAUUAAAGUGUUAAUAAUCACUCCCCCAUGCACCAUCAUAAAACAACUGCUAUAAAAUUUAGUUAAAUCAUUAUUUUGAUUAAGUAUCAAGUGAUUGCAUACUGUCUUUUUAAACAGACAAUAUUCUGGAGUCCUAAAGUGCUACUUCAGUAUGUAAUGUCUGUGUGUAAGUUCCAUUCAUUUUACAGAGUUUACUGCUUGCCAAAUUUAGGGUUCAGUCCUGGCAGGCACUUCAUUAAAGUCUCUCAAACAUCUUUCUUGUUGUGGUACAAGCUGGACACAAAUUUAUUGCUGGGGAGAAAUACUGGGAAUAAUUAUGGCUGUCCACAUACAUAGAUUAUUUGCUAUCAGUGCCCUUAAAGUAGUAAACAGCAGUUUUUCUGUAUUAGUACAUCAGUUGGUGAAAUACUUUUUUCAGUUGAAUUAUUAAUGCCACAUUCUUACUAAGAGGCCUGUCAGCAUAUUAGCAUCAUUCUGUUUCAGCAGUUAAUAAUCCCAGCUAAAACUUGGGUCAUAAAAAUAGCCCUAUUUCGAAUCAGCAUUUUUUCCUCUGGUGUGCAUGGCAGGGCAAACAAUAGAGGGAAGGAAGGGAGGGCACUCCAUAAACACUGGGGAAGAACUCGCAGCAAAUGCUACCCAGAAAGAGGAGAGGUCAGGCACAACGCGGUGCUGGGGCUGAGGGGGACAUGUUAGUUGAGGUUUGGGAAGCAAUUAGUGAUUACGGCCAAUAGCUGCAAGGUUUUUUUUGAAAAGUCCUAAGCUGUGUUCAUAAAAACUGUAAAUUAAAUAUAUAAAACUUUGUUAAAUUGGAAAGAUCUGAUCCUCCCCGUGUGUGUACUACAGCUGUGCUAAAUUAUGGUUUUGUGGAUGUGUUGCAAUGUAUGGAGAACAGUUUUUAUUGUUCUGAAUGGCAGCAUUUUAAAUCUAGCUUCAUAAAAGCUGGUGCAUAAGUCUAUAAUAAAUACAUAUUCCCUUUUUUCUAAGAUUAAACUUUUUAUGGAGAGGAAA